AUGCAGGCGGACUGGCUGGCUCGGGCCGCCGCGGCGGGGGACCUGGAGGGGGUGCGGAGGCUGCUGCAGGAGGGGGCGGACCCCAACGGGGUGAACUCCUACGGCAGGACCCCGAUCCAGGUCAUGAUGAUGGGAAGCCCCAAAGUGGCGGAGCUCUUGCUUCGGAAAGGAGCCGACCCCAACCGCCCGGAUCCCACCACCGGCGCGCUGCCGAGCCACGACGCGGCCCGCCAGGGCUUCCUGGACACGCUGCUGGUGCUGCGCGAAGGCGGCGCUCGCCUCGAUGUGCCCGACGCCUCCCAGCGGCUUCCCCUCCACCUGGCCGAGGAGGCCGGACACCGCCACGUGGUCCGAUUCCUUCAGAACCAGGCAAAUAACGGCCCAGCCUGGGAAGGCUCCGCUGGACCCCUGGGCGGGCCGUAGCCGGGGUCUCCGCCCGGCUUUUGGCGCUCACUGAUAAGCCCCCCCCCCAAAAAAAA